GACGAAUCAUGAGAGCAGUGGCUCAACACGGGCAGCCAUGGCAACACGGCUGCUGAGAUAAAAAAAUUACUAUUUUUUACGGCCUUAAAGCAACUUUUUCAAAUGUUCUCUAGGCUAUGACCGACCCCGAUGUUUUUGGAAUAUGUCCGGGGAGCGAGCGCCGUUGCCAUCCGGAGGAGGCGAGCUGUUCCGCGGAAGCAGAACAAGAUCUUACGGCAGUUUAACGCGAUCUUCUCUCUCCCCGCUUCGCCACAGACUCAUUGAGCACACAGUAAAACCAGGAGAAACACUUCAGGGCCUUGCUUUAAAAUAUGGAGUCACUGUGGAACAAAUCAAAAGAGCAAACAGACUGUACACCAAUGACUCAAUAUUCCAGAAGAAAUCCUUGUCAAUCCCAGUACUGUCAGACCUGAAGGACUGCAGCAACGGGUUGGAUUUGUCCGAGGAAGAGCAUAAAGAGGGAAAGACGAAUGGUGCUCCAGGCCGGGAGGAUUUAAGAGGACGUGCAUCUGACCUUACUCCUGGGGAUUUUUUCAAAAGACUGGAUGACUUGAUCAGCAAGUCUAAGGAGGCAGCAGCCAGAGGAUGCAAAGAUGCAGAGAAACGAGUUGCAGCCCUGGAAGCAGCCUGCUCCAGCCAGGCUUCAGAUUGGCGCCCGUUAACAAGGUCACAAAGCCUUAUUACAUCACCAAGAUUUCAGCAGGGAGCACUGCUUGGGGCGGUGCCUCUCACCACCACCAAACUCACCAAGAAGCUAAAAGAAAGGGAGGAUGAGAUAUUUGAACUUUGAUAUCUUUUUUUUUAUUACAUGCAAACCUUUGAUUAUUAAAAAUAUAUAUUAUUAUUAUUGCUAGAACUAUGAUGUGAAGGGAGUGGGCAAGACAUUACAGAAAAGUGGAAAAACUACUGAUAGUGCUUCUGUUCUAAGUUUAAAAACUUUGUUAAUCAGUAAUUAACUAUCGACUAUGUGGUAGAAACUUGUUUUAAAGUGUAUUGAAUAUUGCACAUAUUUAUUUAUGGGAAUCUACUUUUUGUAUGAAAGGUCUGUCUGUGGCUGUUUAGUUCAAUAAGAAUAGGAAUGAAAGCAUUUGUCACAUGAUUCUUAAGUCAUUUGUCUGCAUAUGGAAUUCAGCAGCACGGCCUGGCAUUUUCUUUACUCACAUUUACUGUAGCAAAUAAAGAAAUUAAAACUUUUUAUAGGUUAACACUGUAUCUCACUAACAGAAAUGAGACAAUACACAGAAAUGCAUUUUUAGGAUCCUUUAACAGCUUUUAUUUGCUGGAACUUUGUUUCUGAUUCUGUGAAUACUUUAUUGUGUUCCAUUUAUGAAUAAAAUACUUGAUUCUG